AUGUCGACUCACAGGAGACAGGAUUCUGGGGAGGAGCCGAUACCCACCGAAACCGCCCCGGAAACACGGGCGCCGCCUGCCGAAUCAGAGAAGGUUGAGCUGUCUCGGCCGCCACAAGACCUGCCCAGGGGAUCUCGGAAGCUCAGUCAGAGUGCAUCAGAGCGGGGCACGCGGGUAGUCACCCCUACGCAGGGGCUUUCGAGGAAUCCGUCCACAUGCUCAAACAACAGCGCGAGCGCGAGGCCGCAAGCGGAAUACCUCCCCGCACGCACACCAGGACUGGAACAGCGCCCGCCACCGCCCACAUCUCAGCCCAGCCUACCUGAGAGCUUCCAGCUUGAGCCCCCAGUCACCAAGGCGACCCUCAGCGAACUGGACGUACAGAAGAUUGUACACAACCCCAAGCUUCGUCACGAUAUCAACUUUGAUCCCGAAUUGCACUUCAGGCCGAAUCUGGAUGGCGACAAGGGGAGGAGGAAGCAAGAAAAGGCCAAUCAGUUCUGGAACGCCCUGUAUGACCAGCUGGUCCUGUUUGUCAUGGACAGGGAGACGUUCCACGCGAGGUACGGCCACGGGGAUUGGUGCCUUCCGGUGCUGCUCAGGGCAGUUAGGGAAAUCAUCGAGACGUUGGUGCCGCAGCGGGAUCGGAAUCUCCUCAACGAGGGGUUGAACGUGGACCUGCUGAUGCAACAGUUUAACCGGGGCGUCGCUGAUCUCGAGAAGCUGGCGUCUUGGUUGGCAAGCGUUCUCAAGCUCCACUGCGCCCCAAUGCGCGACGAGUGGGUCGACGAGAUGUACCAGGAGCUGAGCAACGGGAACCGCAACAACGACAUGACGGAGCUGGUCAAGGGGAUGCGCAGCCUGCUCAGCGUGCUGGAGGCCAUGAAGCUCGACGUUGCGAACCACCAGAUCCGGUGCCUGCGCCCGGUGCUCAUUGAGGAUACCGUCCACUUUGAGCAGCGCUUCUUCGUGAGGAAGAUGGAGUCACGGAAGCUGAGCAUCGCGCCGUCCAGGUUGUGGUACCGGGCAGCCCUCGAGUUCACCGAGCGGCUGUACGAGGGCGCCCCCAUGCCUUACCUGGCCGCGUUUGGCGAGAUGUCUGUCUUCUUCGAGGCUCUCUCGAGGCUCGUUCUCCCGUCGACCUGCCACAAGGCGGUCCCGCCCACGUUCGUCUUCGACGACGACCGGAUCCUCAAGCUUCGCUCCGAUUUGCACGACAGCAUCUGCCUGGAGGUCUGCAUGCGAAAGUUCGAGGAGCUGGAGCGCCUGUCGAGGGCGACACAGAUGUGCCUCCGGGUUCCGUCGUACGUCAACGAGGACUUGACCAACAACCGGUCCUCGGGCGACUUCAACUUCAUGGCCGCCGGCACAUCCCGCCCCACUAGCCUGGCCUUCAGCGACGGCAGCUCCAACUUCUCGUCGCCCCGGAAUUCGGGCGGUCUCUUCGCACAGCCCGCCUCGGACUCGGCCGACUCUCGUUCCCGGGGGUCGGAGCUCUACAGCUCGCUCCUCGCUCUCCUUCACACCGCGCCCAGCGCCUGCAGCCCCGCCGAGCGGUGGCAGGGCCUCGUGGGGCCGAUGGCCCUGCAGAUCCUGCGUUACGCCAACGCGCCUCCCUCGUUGCCCGGAUUCGAGAAUCAGCUAGCGGCGUGCCUGGGCGAUAUGAACUCGGACCUAUUCCGCGAGGUCGAGUCGCACUUCCAGCAGCGGCUGAUUUCCGAGACGGCGCGCCGUGUCGUCGAGCUCAAGGGCUUGUCGGGCGUUGCCCUGUUCUCGCACGCGACCGCGGGACGCGGCCACACCUGCCGCCACAUGGACUCUCGGAGGAGUGACAACGGCCAGCGCGCCAGCGGCCUGCUCGGUGGUGACGCCCCGCGCGAGCCCCGCGAUGAUGCCUGCGUCGACGAUAUGGCGCUCCGGCUCGCGCACAUGGGGGUGCUGCACUGGCGCGUGUGGGCGCCGAUUGCGUACGAGGGCGAUAUCGAGAGCGAGUUGAGCGCCAUGCAAAACUCGAUGAUCUAA